CUCAUGCUGUCUACUUUCUGCCAAGUUAACACAGUGGCUGCUUUUUCUUGCCUUCCUGCAGUCACUUUUCCUGAGGCAGCCCUGCCCCUCUUCUCACUGGGGAGUAAAAUACAUUGGCUUCCCUUUGCUUCCUGAGGGCCAAUGCACUCCAUUGUUUGCAUCACCCCUGACCUUGGUCCUUUAACCAGUUCCAAGCAGGCCAGUGAGCCUUUAAACUGCAUUGGCCAUGGAUGCUGAGGACGACCCCUUGUUGCAGGAUGCUUGGCUGGAGGAGGAGGAGGAGGAGGCUGCCUUCAACUCUCCGAAGAGGAGUGCGGGCCCCCAGCUAUGCGGGAGGUGUCAGUGGAGCCCCAAGCUGCUGCCUGCGAUGCUGCCGGUAUCCGGCUUCUGGAACACAGUUGGCUGGAUGUUCACCAACCCCUACUGUGCCGGCUUUAUCCUUUUCUUGGGCUGUGCCAUCCCGGCUGCCCUGGCCACGGCUAUGUUCCUGCACUAUCCGGCACUGGACAUUGACAUCUCCUACAAUGCCUUUGAGAUCCGCAACCACGAGUCCUCGCAGCGCUUUGAUGCCCUCACCCUGGCCCUCAAGUCCCAGUUCGGCUCGUGGGGCCGCAGCCGCCGGGACCUGGCUGACUUCACCUCGGAGACCCUGCAGCGGCUCCUCUUUGAGCAACUUCAACAGCUGCACCUCAAUGCUUCCCACCUUGGGGGGCCCGCCCGGCUAAAGCGCAGUGCCACACCGCCUGCAGCCAGAGGCAGGACUAGGCCCACCACCCACCAGAGCCCAGCCAACCAAAGCUCCCGCGUGCCCCGGGGCGCUUCGCGCUGGGACUACUCCAGUGCCUAUGUCAGUGCCAACACGCAAACGCAUGCCCACUGGCGCAUUGAACUCAUCUUUCUGGCCCGGGGGGAUGCUGAAAACAACAUUUUCACCACUGAGCGCCUGGUUACCAUCCAUGAGAUUGAGCGCAAGAUCAUGGACCACCCCCGGUUCCGGGAGUUCUGCUGGAAGCCCCAUGAGGUCCUGAAGGACCUGCCUCUGGGCUCCUACUCCUACUGCUCCCCACCCAGCUCCCUCAUGACGUACUUCUUCCCCACGGAAAAGGGUGGCAAGAUCUACUACGACGGCAUGGGGCAAGACCUGGCUGACAUCCAAGGGUCACUGGAGCUGGCCAUGACCCACCCUGAGUUCUACUGGUAUGUGGACGAAGGGCUGUCUGCAGACAACAUGAAGAGCUCCCUCCUGCGGAGUGAGAUCCUCUUCGGGGCCCCGCUGCCCAGCUACUACUCGGUGGAGGACCGGUGGGAGGAGCAGCGCCACAAGUUCCAGAGCUUUGUGGUCACCUACGUGGCCAUGCUGGCCAAGCAGUCCACCAGUAAGGUGCAGGUGCUGUAUGGUGGGACAGAUUUGUUCGACUACGAGGUGAGGAAGACUUUCAACAAUGACAUGCUGCUGGCCUUCAUCAGCAGCAGCUGCAUUGCAGUCUUGGUCUACAUCCUCACCUCUUGCUCAGUGUUCCUAUCCUUCUUUGGCAUUGCCAGCAUUGGGCUGAGCUGCCUGGUGGCCCUGUUCCUGUACCAUGUCGUUUUUGGGAUCCAGUACCUGGGCAUUCUCAAUGGUGUGGCUGCCUUCGUCAUCGUGGGCAUCGGUGUGGAUGAUGUCUUUGUCUUCAUAAACACCUACCGCCAAGCUACCCACCUCAAGGACCUGCGGCUCCGCAUGAUCCACACUGUCCAGACAGCGGGCAAGGCCACCUUCUUCACCUCCUUGACCACUGCUGCGGCCUAUGCUGCCAACAUCUUCUCGCAGAUCCCAGCUGUACAUGACUUUGGGCUCUUCAUGUCACUGAUCGUGUCCUGCUGCUGGGUGGCGGUGCUGUUCACCAUGCCGGCUGCCCUUGGGAUCUGGACCCUCUACUUGUCUCCCUUGGAGAGCUCCUGUCAAGCCAGCUGCAGUCAGAAGUGCACGAAGAAGAGCUCCUUGCACACUGCUGAUGACCUGUUCAUCGUCUCAGAGGCUGCAGCUGGGCCAGCCCGGGGCACCCUCCCGUACCUCGAUGAUGACAUCCCACUGCUCGACGUGGAGGAGGACUCGUUGACUCCAGAGAUGGGGGAUGUGCCCUUGGUGUCCGUGCUGCCAGAGAGCUUGCAGGGCCCCACUGAGAAGAGCAGCCGUGGUCACCUGAUAGCCCACCUGCAGGAGCUGCUUCAGCACUGGGUUCUGUGGUCUGCUGUGAAGAGCCGAUGGGUGAUCAUGGGGCUCUUUGUCCUAGUCCUCAUCCUGUCCAUAUUCUUCGCUAGCCGCCUCCGCCCCGCUAGCCGCGCUCCCAUCCUGUUCCGGCCCGACACCAACAUCCAGGUGUUGCUGGACCUCAAGUACAACCUGAGUGCCGAGGGCAUCUCCUGCGUCACUUGCUCAGGUUUGUUUCAGGAAAAGCCCCACAGCUUGCAGAACAACAUCCGGACCUCCUUGGAGAAGAAGAAGCGGGGCUCAGGACUUCCCUGGGGGAGCAGAGGGGGCACGGGUGAGGCUGCACAGCCAGAUCUCCAGGGGACUGUGUACAUCUCCAAGUCCAAGAGCAAGGGCAGGCCAGCCAUCUACAGGUUCUCGCUCAACGCCAGCGUUCCUGCCCCCUGGCAGCUGGUGUCCCCGGGAGAUGGCGAGGUGCCCUCAUUCCAGGUGUAUAGAGCGCCUUUCGGUAACUUCACCAGGAAGCUGACCGCUUGUGUGUCCACAGUAGGGCUGCUUACGCAGAAGAGCCCCAGGAAGUGGAUGAUGACCACCUUGUCCUGCGACACCAAGAGAGGCUGGAAGUUCGACUUCAGUUUCUACGUGGCGGCCAAAGAGCAGCAACGCACGCGGAAGCUGUACUUCGCCCAGUCACACAAGCCCCCGUACCACGGCAGGGUGUGUGUGGCACCCCCUGGCUGUCUGCUCAGCUCCAGCCCAGACGGUCCCACCAAGGGUAUCCUCUAUGUGCCCAGCGAGAAAGCAGCCCCUAAGGUGAAGCCCUCUACCACAUCGGGAUUUAACCCUUGCAUGAACACAGGCUGUGGGAAGCCAGCUGUGCGGCCUCUGGUGGACACAGGAGCCAUGGUGUUCGUGGUGUUUGGCAUCCGAGGGGUGAACCGCACUCGGCGCCCGGAUAACCACGUCAUUGGAGACAUGGGCAGCGUCAUCUACGAUGACAGCUUCAACCUCUUCAAAGAGAUUGGCAGCCUGUGCCGCAUCUGCAAGACCAUCGCCGCCAACACCGAACUGGUGAAGCCUGGAGGGGCCCAGUGCCUGCCCUCGGGUUACAGCAUCUCCUCCUUUCUGCAGAUGUUGCACCCUGAGUGCAAGAACAUCCCCGAGCCGAACCUGCUGCCCGGGCAGCUCUCCCAUGGGGCAGUGGGGGUGAAGGACGGCAAGGUGCAGUGGAUCUCCAUGGCCUUUGAAUCGACAACUUACAAGGGCAAGUCAUCCUUCCAGACCUACUCUGACUACCUCAAGUGGGAGACGUUCCUGCAGCAGCAGCUCCAGCUCCUGCCCGAGGACUCUGCCCUGCGCCGCGGCUUCCAGACCUGUGAGCACUGGAAGCAAAUCUUCAUGGAGAUCAUAGGAGUGCAGAGUGCCCUGUAUGGCCUCAUCCUCUCACUGGUCAUCUGUGUGGCGGCAGUUGCUGUCUUCACCACCCAUGUCCUCCUCCUGCUGCCGGUGCUGCUGAGCAUCCUAGGGGUGGUCUGCCUGGUGGUGACCAUCAUGUACUGGUCUGGCUGGGAGAUGGGUGCAGUUGAGGCCAUUUCCCUCUCCAUCCUUGUGGGCUCCUCAGUGGAUUACUGUGUGCACCUGGUGGAGGGCUACCUGCUGGCAGGAGAGAGCCUGCCACUCCACCAGGCUGAGGACCCCACCGCCUGCCGCCAGUGGAGGACGAUAGAAGCUGUGCGGCAUGUGGGUGUAGCCAUUGUCUCCAGUGCCGUCACCACCGUGAUCGCCACAGUCCCGCUCUUCUUCUGCAUCAUCGCACCCUUUGCCAAAUUCGGGAAGAUUGUGGCCCUCAACACGGGCGUCUCCAUCCUGUACACGCUGACUGUGAGCACCGCCCUGCUCAGCAUCCUGGGCCCUGGCACCUUCACCCGGAGCAGGACUUCCUUCCUCAAGGCCCUGGCGGGCGUGCUUCUUGCUGGCCUUGCCGGCCUGGGCAUCUGCCUGGCACUUCUGGAGAGUGGAUUCAAGAUCCCACUGCCCAACGGGAUGACCCUAUAGUGCCCCACCACCACCCCUGACCUUGCAAUCCACCCCCCUCCUUUUU